AUGGACCUUCCUUUACUGGCAGUAACGGCAGAUCAGGUGGCAGCGGCUGCUACUUCAUUCUUGGGUGUGAUUUUAAGCUGGAAUGGAAAGGACAGUAUGUCUAAUAACUCCUCAUACCCCCUUGGCAGGGAAAGACCUACCAAUUACUUGGACAAGUCAAUGAAGUGUAGAUUCAAUACAUUACGAAUGCUUGAGUUUGCCAAACAAGUCAUUGAAGUGUAG